GCCAUGGCGGUGUGUGCGUCGUCAACUGUUGCUUUUCUCGGUCUGUUUUUUCUGCUCUCAAGCCACGCCACUUGUCACCCCUCGGACGAGGUCCGCAGGGUCAGCGAAAAUGAUUUCAGGACGUUUGUUUUUCACAGAAGAGCGAGACUACUUCGGCUCACUUCUGAAGCUGUUGAGGAAAAAUUAGCGCCUUUCGUAAAACGAUAUGCUUUGGCAGCAUCUCUUUUGAAGCCAUAUGACAUCCAACUUGGACAAUUAUCGUGCGAAGAAUUCCCGUCUUUUGAGCUCUGUUCCAGAAAAAAUGCUGAACUAUUCUUUUACGGAUUCAAAGGUUCCAAUAAAGAAAGACUGGCUUUCCCAAUAAGUACUUUGGAUGAUGAAAACGGAAUAGUUGCUAGUGCUUUGCACUUAGAUCUGGUAGAGAAAGUGCCUAUAAUCCAAAAUGUAAUUGAACUGAAUAACUUGUACAAGAAAUGCAGGGACAAGUGCGAUAUUAUUUUGUCCUACCACAACACCCUCGGAACUAACGAACACAGCCUGUUUUUGCGGACGGCGUGGAGACUGAACAGCGAUAUCAAACUGUUCGCUCUCACCACUUCAGCCCUGGCGAGUCCCUUGAAGCACAAAACGGACGAGACGGGGGAGCAGAUGGUGCACUUGUGGCUGCUGCAGUGCAAAAGUCACAAGUGCCAGAGCAGCACUUUUAGGGGCAAUUUUCAAGAUAGCCAACUCGACAGCUUCAUCUCAGCCCUCGAUUUGCCGCCGUGGGUUGAGUGGGAGAAUUUUAAAGAUGACGAGCGAACUGUCCAGUAUCCGCAACUGAUUUUAAUUUACGAUGAUGCGAGUAAAAUGCGAGUCCGCUACCUCGCUGAAAGUUUGGCAGUCACUUUUAGAGGAACAAUUUUCAUAAUUGUUUACAGUAUUGGAGAAUUUAGACAGAUCAAUACUGAGAUUGAACUUGAAGCUCCGUCCAUGAUUUUUAUGCCUUUCAGAAAUGGGUCUUGUGGAAAUAUCAAAGAAGGUGUAAUUCAAAAUGGGCUUGACAAUGUGAAAAACUUCAUCUCCGAACAAAUAAUUUAUGAGGAGAGUAAAAAAUGUUCAGGCCAUUCCGAUUCCCUAAGAAGAUUUGUAAAGCCUAAAUUUAACUGGAAGGAGAGUGCCAUAGAUGAAAGUAGUUUUGAAGAAAGGGAGGAUCAACCAUAUAUAUGGGAUUUGAAGUCCUCAAAGAGAAAAUUUCGUCACCAAUGUCCUCCAUCAGAGGCAAAUUUUAUAGAGCUGAAAUUGUUCUAUUUGCCUUGGGAUGACGUUUCCAAAACUUUUUUGAAUACUUUUGAAAGACUGCAAAUAAUCCAGGAUUCAUUGCCCAUCAAAAAUAUUUCCAAAAUUGAUUGUUUCACCAACCGAGACGACUGCGAGCACGUCCACACAUUUCCAACUUUAGAACUUACAGACAAACUCAAAUCUUUCCGCACAGGAUCCUUGUCUUGGAUGAAACUUCUAAACCUGAUCUAUUCUUUCAGCAGCCAAUUCGAAACCAAAACCUUCAAGCUGUUAAGUGACUUGACUGAAGAACUGGACGACCCGCGAUAUAAAUACGUCCCAACCUUGGGCUUGCUUUUAAACAAAGAAGGCGAUUUGUCGAAUUCGAAAAUUGUAACAUUGACUAACGUUUUAGAAUUGCAAAAGAUAGUUUUAACUGGAGAAGCUGCUAUAUUUAUGGAAAAUCAAUUUAUAUGUUCAUCUCCAUGCUUUGGCAUUUAUAAAAUGGACGACCCUUUUGAUCCUUACGUGAAAUAUUCUGGACACCUUGAAAUCAACGAGCUAAAGAAUUUCGUUCAUCAGCGACGGUAUCCAAUUAUGGCGGAGCUUACUGCGGAAAAUUUUCCUCGCCUGCGAAAAAAGUUGCUGGUGAUCGCUUUGGGACUCGAGCCCACGAAGCCAAUUAUUGAGAGUGCUCGACGCGCCUCAGCCGAGGCGAAAACGUGGCUCGCGUUCACCUACAUCACAAGCAUUGCUAACGUUCUCAGAGAAGCGAAUUGGUUUGAAAAAGUGCGUGAGACACACUUGCCAAAUAACCGCAAUUUGGGACUCGUGGCGCUAAAUUUGACGAGGGGCUGCAGCUUUUUAUAUGAAGGGGAUUUGCAGAGUUUUAAAGAAAUUCAGCUAUGGCUACAGGACAUCAAAGAUGCAAGAGUUGAGCCCUCAGUGUUUUUAAAGGAAAAGUCUUGGAAACCAACCCACAAAGCAAUUGACUUUCUGGCUCUGACGGAGAACAAGCCAGACUCAGCAGCAAUCCCCAUUGCCGACAACGAGGAUCUUUUCAUCGUCCACGAAUCCGAUUUUGAUCACGGCGACAUUUUUUCUUGAGAAAAGUGAAUUAGACGACAGGUCGGAUCGAUAACUGGAAAUGGCGGAAAAUGUAAUAAAAAGCACUCGAUCUCU